AUGGGUGGUAUCAGAGAAAAGAAGUCCCAAUACUUCACUAAAUUAAGAGAAUUAUUAGAAGAAUACAAGUCCAUCUUCGUCGUUGGUGUUGACAAUGUUUCUUCCCAACAAAUGCACGAAAUCAGAAAGGCUUUAAGAGCUGAUGCUGUUGUGUUGAUGGGUAAGAACACCAUGGUUAGAAGAGCCAUCAGAGGUUUCUUAUCUGACUUACCAGAAUACGAAAAGUUAUUACCUUUCGUUAAGGGUAACGUUGGUUUCAUUUUCACCAACGCUGACUUGAAGACCAUCAGAGACACCAUUGUCGCUAACGUUGUUGCCGCUCCAGCCAGAGCCGGUGCCGUUGCUCCAGCUGAUGUCUGGAUUCCAGCCGGUAACACUGGUAUGGAACCAGGUAAGACCUCUUUCUUCCAAGCCUUAGGUGUCCCAACCAAGAUUGCCAGAGGUACCAUUGAAAUUGUUUCCGAUGUCAAGGUUGUCGAAGCCAACCAAAAGGUUGGUCCAUCUGAAGCUACCUUAUUGAACAUGUUGAACAUCUCUCCAUUCACCUACGGUAUGACUGUCGUUCAAGUCUACGACAAUGGUCAAGUCUUCCCAUCAUCCAUCUUGGAUAUCACUGAUGCUGAAUUAGUCGGUCACUUCGUUGCCGCUAUCAACACCAUUGCUUCCGUCUCCUUGGCUGUUGGUUACCCAACUUUACCAUCUGUUGGUCACUCUGUUGUCAACCACUACAAGAACGUCUUGGCUUUAUCUAUUGCUACUGACUACACUUUUGAAGGUUCUGAAGCUAUCAAGGACAGAUUAGCUAACCCAGAUGCUUACGCUGCUGCUGCUCCAGCUGCUGGUGCCGCUGCUGCUUCUGGUUCUUCCGAUGCUCCAGCUGAAGAAGAAGCUGCUGAAGAAGCUGAAGAAUCCGAUGAUGACAUGGGAUUCGGUUUAUUCGAUUAA